AUGGCAGCCGAGUUGAACUCUAUCACAAGAAACAAGAUAUGGGAGCUUGUAGAUAGAUCGACUGGUUCUGAGAAGAAAGAAGAAGAAAAUCGAGUUUGUGUGUUACACAAGACAUUGUAUGUGUUACAUCAGACACCCAGAGCAUGGAAUGUGAAAGUUGAUCAGGUUCUCAAGGAGAUGCCUAAGAAGUUCGAGAUGUUAGAUCUAGGUGAGCUAACGUAUUACCUUGGCAUAGAGGUGAUUCAAGGAGCAGACGAAAUCCCGUGUGACAUAAAGAUGAAAGCAUGUAACGCAACUUAUAUUCCAAUGGAGGCGAAUUUGAAGAUCUCAAAACCUGAAGAUGAACGAGAGAUUGAAGCUACUGAGUUUACAAGAAACGUUGGUUGUCUACGUUACUUACUACACACACGACCAGAUUUAGCGUAUUGUAGACCAAGACUAAUCGGCUACAGCGACAGUAGCUACAACACUGAUCAAGAUGAUGGGUUUAUGGCAAGGACUGAAGCUGCAAGACAAGCAUUGUGGCUGAAAGAGUUACUAAGUGAGAUCAUCAGAGCUCCAUGCAAGAAGGUCACCAUUAGAAUUGGUGAGUGUGUUGAGAGGGAGUUGAUAGAAGUUGAGCAUGUACCUGGAACUGAGCAAAAGGUGGACAUUCUAACCAAGGCGUUGGGAAGAAUCAAGUUUCGAGAAAUGAGAGACUUCAUUCGCAUAGAAGAUUUGAAGAAAAGAGAUUUCAAGCUUAAGAGGGAGAAUGUUGAGAUAAGCUUGAAAUAA